CCUGGGAGCAGAUAUCGGCAAGCAGAUGGACGUCGCAUGAACAGCUCAGGGUCACCCAGUCCUUCGUGUGGCGCGUCUCUGGUCGUCACUGUUGCUGUGUUUAGGAUCACGGGAAGUGUAUAUAAUGAGAAGGGUUAGAGACGGAAGGAUAGUGGAAAAAAGAAGUGUAGAUUGCAGAGAAGGGGAGCUAAGGCACGUGAGAAGAGAGAAAUAUGAGAGUAAAUGAUCUCGAAGGUUCAAAAUCGCAGGAAGUUUAAAUUACGAACUUUGGUUUUACGAAAGAAGUGAAAAAGAGAGAGAUAAAAGAUACCAAAAAGGAAGAAAGGAGAGGUGCAAAAAUGCGUUCCACAAAAGGACGCAAUGAACUAGAUAUCACCCGAAGGUAGAAGACAAAAAAAAAAAAAAAAAAAAAAAAUAAGUGUGACAGUAACAAUCUCGAAAGAUAAAACGUACUUCAGUGAUUGGUAAUAAAUAUGACACGAUAACUUCUGUCAUCUUUUCCACACGAUUGGCUGCCAUGACCUCGAUAACAGCGUCCGUUGGAUGGCGUUAUCUCCCAUGUACUCUCUCGAUCACCAUUACUGUGCACACAAGUGACGGUCAGCGGUAAGAUGCAGCUAACGAUCCUCUUGCUAACGGCGAUGCUCUUGCAGCGGCCAGCAACAGCUCACCUCCACCCACACACCUUCCUCACUACGCCGGAGAUCAUUCGAGCGCGCGGAUACCCAGCUCAGACCCACCACGUGACGACCAGCGACGGGUAUGUCCUCCAGAUGCACCGGAUUCCUGGCGGGCGGGGCGGCGGGCAGGGCGCGGGCCUCAACGGGCUCGAUUUCGCCUCUUCAGGUAAGAACAGCAGUAGUAACAACAGAGGAAAACAGAAAGUUGCGUUCCUUCAGCACUGCGUAUUGUGUUCCAGCGCUGAUUUUAUCUUGAACGACCCUGAUCAGGCAAUAGCUUUCAUUUUGGCAGACCUGGGUUAUGACGUGUGGCUAGGAAACAUCCGGGGCAAUGUUUACAGUCGACGCCACGUUCGCCUUUCACCCAAUCAGCCCGAGUUCUGGGACUACAGCAUUGACGAGAUCGCACGGUAUGAUGUUCCUGCCAUGUUGACCUAUGUGAGGGAAGCGACAGGAUCACCCACUCUCAGCUAUGUAGGGCACUCCAUGGGCACCAGCGUUUUCUUCGCAAUGAUGAACUAUCAUCCACAAAUCAACAACUGGGUACGCGUGAUGGCGGCAAUGGCACCAGUGGCUUAUAUCCACAACGCGAGAAUUUUCCAAUUCUAUGCGCCUCUCAUUAAUGCGCUCGAGAUAAGCGUAACGAAGCUAGGAAUCGUGGAGUUUUUGAUGAACAGUCCGGGUCUCUCCAAAUUUAUCUCCAUUUCCUGCUCUCCGCUCUCUCCUCUUAAAACUAUCUGCUCCGCCAUUCGACUCUUUCUCUUCGGCCUAAAUUCUGACUAUGUGGAUAAGAAUUACCAAUCGGUUAUCUUAGCCCACAAUCCUGCCGGCAUUUCCAGCAACGUCCUAAGGCAAUACUUGCAGUUCAAUUCAACCCGUCGGUUCCAGGCCUUCGACCGCGGCGCGGCGCGGAACCAGCGCGAGUACGGGUCGGCCUCCCCGCCGCGCUACUCGCUGGCGCGCGUCACCGUCCCCGUCGGCCUCUUCUGGUCCGACGGGGACUGGCUCGUCGACUCCUUGGACGUGAGGCAGACGGCUUCGGAACUGCCGCGAGUCGCCCUCAACUACCGGGUUCCUUUGAGCGACUUCAACCACAACGACUUCCUGUGGGCCGAGAACGCCAAGGACCUCGUCUACGGCCAGCUGGUCAGAUUGCUGGAGGCGCACAACUGAGGCGGGACUCCGACGAACGGCUUUUGAGAGCCACUUGGAAUGCAGGAGGAAUGGAAUUAGGUUCGGAGUAGGCAGAGG